AUGUCUUGCUGUGGAGGAAACUGUGGUUGCGGAUCUGGCUGCAAGUGCGGCAACGGUUGCGGAGGUUGCAAAAUGUACCCGGACUUGGGUUUCUCCGGCGAGACGACCACGACUGAGACUUUCGUCUUCGGCGUUGCACCGGCGAUGAAGAACCAGUACGAGGCUUCUGGCGAGGGUGUGGCUGAGAACGAUGCAUGCAAGUGUGGAUCUGACUGCAAGUGUGACCCUUGCACUUGUAAAUGAAUAAACUAAGAAGGCAGAGAUAAUCAGAGUUUUUUUAUUAAGUAACCGCUAAUGAUGUUCUAGGUUUGUUUUAUGGUGUAAUAAAAGGCUGAAGGCUUUUGUCUUUUAGCCGAUUAUUGUUUUGGUUUUGUGUUAACGUCGUAUCUAGAUGUCUCUGCCAUGUGUGAUGGAUGAGUCAGUUUGUACUUCUAUGGAAUGAAGUUGAAUGAUUCUCUAAAUAUUAUAGUAGUUCUUUUAAAUUCUUGUCAUCUCUUGUGGGGUUUUUAAUUGGGCCUCCAACUGUUUGCCAAUUCAAAUUCCAAAUCAUGGUCUGGUUCCCAGGUUAAUUAAUUAGAAUCCGCUAAAUAAGAGCCAGACCAUUCAUUAUACGUGGGCCUUAAGGGUUACAAAAGCA